AUGAAUGUGCCUGCUGACGAAGGCCAGUUUAUAUCAUUGCUUUUGAAAGUAAUGAAUGCAAAGAAGACAAUAGAAGUUGGAGUAUUUACUGGUUACUCACUUCUCUCUACUGCUCUUGCUCUCCCAGAUGAUGCCAAAAUCGUCGCGAUUGAUCCAAAUCUUGAAGCAUAUGAGACAGGAUUACCAUAUAUUGAAAAGGCAGGAGUGGCACAUAAAAUUCAGUUUAUUGAGUCAGAUGCCAUGACUACUCUUAAGGAAUUUCUGUCCAAUGGAGAAGAAGGAAGUUUCGAUUUUGCAUUUGUGGAUGCUGAUAAAGAAAACUACAUAAACUAUCAUGAAGAGUUGCUGAAACUAGUGAAAAUUGGAGGAGUUAUAGCUUAUGACAACACGUUAUGGGCUGGUACAGUGGCAUUAUCAGAGGAUGAAGUGGAUAAAGAAACCCUUGAACACAUUGGGGCAAAUAGAGUGCACCUCAGAGCCCUGAACACUAUCUUAGCAGCUGCUUCUCACCAACAAAUGCAGAUUUUUAUGGAAAGGGCUAGAUCCAUUUCAGCUAAAGGGGAACGCAGUCUUAAGAGUAAGUCAAAUGAACGUGAACAAGUUGAUCCACUAGCUAAUCAGCUUGAUCAAGUAGGGUGA